AUGGCUCCAUCGAGCUCUAUUCUGCAACGUGCCCGCUGCAAUCGGCUGCUUUGUGGCAUCCUGAGAGUAGCUGCUGACUUGCUAUCAUGCACGCCGUUCAUGAUCAACGAAAGAAGCCCUUCUGCAACUGUGGACAAAGGUCACGCGUACGAUCUAUGCAGCAAGUAUAGCUUCUGGGCGGCCUCGUUCGAUGCACGUUUGGUGACUUCGCCAUCGUCAAGUGUCAGGCAAGUCUAA